CAGUUUCUCCUACCGUCCACUUCCGCUGUAGACCCGUAUAAUAUUAAAAAUUUUAGUCACGAAAUUCUAGUCUAUAUACUUUUUAAUCGUUUCUGCUUUGUCCAUAAGCCAUUAAAAUGUAUGCUGAUGAACUAGAAGAAGAUACUAUGGGCAUGACGGUUACGUCAGGAGCCGCAACCUUGAAUAAAGAUGACCAGAACCUAAUUGGCAUAUCAAUUGGUGGUGGUGCCCCUUACUGUCCCUGUGUGUACGUGGUACAGGUCUUUGACAACACACCAGCCGGUAAUGAUGGAACGUUAGCAGCGGGAGAUGAAAUAGUCGGAGUUCAAACUUACAGUGUUAAGGGCAGAAGCCGAGUUGAAGUAGCUAGAAUGAUUCAAUCAGUCAAAGGAGCUGUUACAAUUAAAUAUAAUAAACUACAUGCUGAUCCUAAGCAAGGAAAAACUUUAGAUAUUGUCUUAAAAAAGAUUAAGCAUAAAGUAGUCGAGUCGAUGGACUCUUCAACUGCUGAUGCAUUAGGUUUAAGCAGGGCAAUCUUAUGCAACGAUUCCUUGUUAAAGAAGUUACAAGAACUUGAGCGAACAGCUCAUGUCUAUAAGGGAAUGGUAGAGCAUAGCAAACGAUAUUUACGAUCGUUUCUUAAUCUUUCUCAAUGUCAUCGAGCUUUUGGUGAUGUUUUUAGUGGUAUAGGGUGCAGGGAACCACAGCCAGCUGCCUCAGAAGCUUUUUCUCAGCUUGGAGAAGCUCAUAGGAAUAUUCAAAAAGCUGCUAUAGUUUUUUUCAAUAAAGUCAAACCUAUUGUCUCGGAUUUAAAUACAUUCCUUCACAAAGCUGUUCCAGAUACCCGACUAACUCUUAAAAAGUAUUUGGAUGCAAAAUUUGAGUAUUUAUCGUACUGUCUCAAAGUCAAAGAAUUGGACGAUGAAGAACAAUCAUAUACCGCUCUUGGUGAAUGUCUUUACAGAGUCGAAACAGGAAAUUAUGAAUACAGAUUGGUUCUUAGAUGUAGACAAUUAGCAAGAGUUCGUUUUGCUAAACUACGGUCCGAUGUCCUAGUAAAAUUAGAACUUCUCGAUCAGAAACAUGUACAGGAUAUCGUAUUUCAAUUGCAGAAGCUAGUCAGUGCUAUGUCUGUAUACCAUACAGAAUGCCACGAAGUUUUAAAAACAGCCCAGUUAUUUCCAAUUGAAGUUGAUUUAUCCAAAUCAACGUUUGGAUAUGGUGCACAAAAUCUUAACGAUGAUGAAGACGAAGAUGAUGAAAUUCUGAACGAGGAUGAGGAUGAUAAAACUAUUCAAAGUGAAACCAAAAAUGAUCUGCUAAUUGGUCUUGAAUAA